AUGGCAGAGGAUAAAAGAGAGAAGAUUGGCAUCAAAACUAAUAGUAACCAAGCCAAAACAAAAACCUGUGAUCAAAGGACCAAAAAGAAACUUUCUGCCACUCUUUUGAGCCUUUUGGACACUGAGGAUGAACUUUCUAGUAUCCGGUGGGAUUCAGUACCUAUGAACGUAAAGGAGUGGUUAACAGGCACCUUUGCAAAGAAAAAAGAGGCAUACAGACUGCAACCUGAUGAAAUAACAAGCAUUCGGAGUAUUUCAUAUGCUUUAGAGAAUGGCGUUGUGGUAGAAAGGCAAUUCCGAACAGCCACUACUUCAAUGGGUAUGGCGUACGAAUUGGAAGUAAUAGAAGCUAUAAAGACUAUCGAUAAAUGGGAUUUUAAUGUGUUUACCUUAGAUGAAGCUGCUGAAGGACACUGCUUAAAAUACGUGAUGUGCGAAAUAUUUACCAAAUAUGAACUUUUGAAACGUUUCCAGAUACCAUUUACCAUCCUAAUCUCCUUUGCAAAAGCUUUGGAAGCUGGUUACAAUAAACACAAAAAUCCAUAUCACAAUUCGCUCCAUGCUGCAGAUGUUACUCAAACUGUGCAUGCCCUUAUGAUUCAUACUGGAAUGAUGCAAUGGUUUACUGACCUGGAGAUCUUAGCUAUUUUUUUUAGCAGCAUCAUCCAUGAUUAUGAGCACACCGGAACCACAAACCAUUUCCACAUAGAGACAAGGUCAAAAGCUGCUCUUUUGUAUAAUGAUAGAUCAGUUCUUGAAAACCAUCACCUGAGUGCUGCCUUCCGGCUGCUACAAGACAGAGAUACAAAUAUCUUAGACAACUUAACCAAAGAUGAAUGGAGGGAGUUCCGUCGCAUGGUUAUUAAUAUAGUGUUAUCUACAGAUAUGUCACAUCAUUUCCAGCAGAUGAAAGUCAUGAAACAUAUUCUGCAGUGUCUCCAGCUAGCUGACAGGACACACAAGGAUCAAAUCAUGUCUUUUCUGGUACACAUGGCUGACAUCAACCAUCCAGCAAAGCCUUGGGAACUGCACCAUCGAUGGUCAGAAGCAUUACUGGAAGAAUUCUUUGAACAGGGAGACAAAGAGGCUGAAAUGGGACUUCCAAUUUCUUCACUCUGUGAUCGCAAGACAACCAAUAUUGCAGAAUCCCAAAUAGGAGAACCGCUAGAUAAGGAAAGCAACAAGGCUAAAAAACAGGUCACAGUUAAAUCUAAAGGACAGAAAGGAAAACCUCAGAAAACAACGAAGGAAAAACCCCAGCUUUCUAGCCCAACGGAUUACUGUACUGCAGCACAAAAUCCCUCAACUUGCCGUUGUCAGCUUUGUAUCAGCAAAGGAUGUGAACCAAUGGACGUCAGCUUCAUAGUUUACAAUGCAAACUCAUCAGAAUUAUCACAACCACAGCAGGAUACUGAAGUUAUGGAUGUCACGGAAUCAUAUGAGGAAUUAGUAGAUAGUGAAAGUUCUUGGAGAAAAGCAAGAAGUCGGAAUGUAGGUGAAAGCAUGCAAGAGAUGAGAAACAUGGUUCCCAAAACAAAAGUUCUGCGUCCUGAUGAAAGUGAUGAUGUCAUCAUUGAGGAAUUUAUACCAAAUGAUCCAGAACCCCCCAAAACUACUAAACCACCUGAUGAUAUUACUCCAAAGGAUUUCCAGCAACUGCCUAAUCUUGGAAUUUUACGGACAAACUUAACCAAAAGUGACCUUGAAAUUUUUUCCUUGUGGAAUGAAGAAGUUAUGAGACGUGAAGCUGAGCAGCGAGGGAAAAAACUGACUGACACGACCAAACAAGGGGCAGUGCAACUGAUACAAAAUGAACAGUGUCGAGGAAGUAGAAAGGUUUCUGCUCAAAAUCCUGAAACGUUCAUCCUACAAGUAAUCUCUGUUGACUCUCCUUCUGCAACAUGCCAAGAUCACAUGGGAGCAAACUGUCACCCAUGUCAACAGGGCGCUGCCAGCAUUCCCACCAAUGCUCCCUUACCAGCAUCAAAUGUCUCUCAAGCAAAUGAAGCAAACCCGUGUGGAGCUGCAGCUGUAUCUGUCACAUCCCUGAAUUAUGGGGUCUUUAAAAUCCCCUAG